CUCAAUAUUAUUAUUUUCAUACUUAAAAUAAUGUUUAAUCGCCGAUAAUCAGACAUCAGUGUAGUUACAAAAACUAUCGCUCGCUAUGAUACCUACGUUUACUUUUAAGUUAUAAUAUUCGUUGGCUAACGAAGUCAAGAUCCAAAUUCCAAGUAAAAGUGCUGUUAUUAAUUGCCAUUCAAUUUUCGAAACUACCAAUAUUUCCAAAUAUUUGUAACAUAAGCAUUAAUUUUUUAAGAAGUUAAUAUUAUUUUUAAGGCACCAUAAUGAUUUCUGCGGAUGUCCAAUUUUUAAUGGUUUAGUUGAAUCAAUCUUUAAAAAAUGGAACAGGAAAAUGAAGCUGAUCAUCUCGGCGAACAGACCGAAAAAAAGAAAAUAUUAGUUUCCCACAGCAAUGAUCCCAAUUCGGUAAUUUCAAAAUCAAUCGAUGAUCAGGAAAUGCAAUUUAAUAUAACCAACAGUUAUUUAAAAAUUGAUCCUUCUACUUCUUCUAAUAAUCAUGUUAAUUUGAGAUCAAACUAUACACCUAACUCUGAUACUGUUUAUACCCAUCAGAGCCAAGAAAAUCCUGUAGCUGAAUUGAGUCCAUCUAAAGUUUUCAAAUGUAAUGAUUCUUUAGAAAUUGAUUUUGGUAUGGAUUCUGAUAAAAAAUAUUGUACAAAAGAGAUAACCAGAUCCAAUUUAGAGAAUAAUAAUCAAGAGCUUCAACAAACUAAAAGUCCAACUCAAAUUAUGAAAUAUAAAAAUACUAGCUCUGACAUUCUAAAACCAACUGAACAUACUAAAUUAUGUAAAAAGUAUAUUGGAUCCAAAUUUUUUUGUUUAAUAUGUGACACUAAAAUGAAAUCUUUAAAAGAUUGGGAGUCACAUGCUAUAAGUACACGUCACUUAGAAAAAUGUAUGAUUAAAAAUGAUUAUGUUUCAUAUGACUGUGGUGGUUGUAAAACAUUUUUUUUUGGAAAUAAGGAACAGAUUUUAAAACAUUGCAAAGAUAUUCAUAAUGAUAUAUCCGGACUCCCAUGUGUUUUUAGAUGUAUGAAAGAUGUAUUUUAUCAAUGUAUAUUUAUAAGUCCGACCAAUUGGAAACCUUGGUCGUUUUGUGGUCCCUGUAAAAAUUAUUCAUUUUUAAAAAAGAAAUGUUAUUCUAGUAACCACACUUUAAAAAAAACAAUUAACUUCAAAUGCAAUUCAUGUUUAAUAGAUUUUGUAUGUAGCCAAGAAGUAUAUAAUAAACAUUUAAUGUCGUGUGAACAUAUCAUGUUGGAAUAUUUUCAAUCCAAAAAAGUUGGCGAAAACCCGGAAAAUCAAACUUUAUGCAAUUUAAAAUUGCCCCCAAUAGUUUUAAAUAAAUUUACUAUUGAUAACGUAAAAGCUACUUGUAAUGAUUGUAAGUUUCAAAUGGUGUCCAACGAAAAAGCAAUAACUGUUCAUCUAACAGAAUGUAUCAAUAAAUCUGAUGUAGGUAGAAAAAAUACAUCAAAAAUCCAAACUUAUUUUUGUACAAUUUGCUCUAAAAUCACAUCUGAUUUUAAUCAAUGGAAGUUACAUUUAUUAUUAUCAAGUCAUUUAAUUAAAUGUCAUGAUAUUAAAGAUUUAGUUUCAUAUACAUGUAAAACUUGCUCAAUGCAUUGUUAUGGUGUUGUAAAUCAUUUAACAGAACAUCAAAGUAUUCAUCCAAACAAUUCAGAAAAAAAUCUUUCCAUGUUUAUGGCUUUUAACUUCCAUCGUAUUAACAAAAAUUUAAAAUCCAAAGACUUUUACUACUGUGAAGAAUGUGAAACAUAUGCUGAAGUCAAUUCUAAUUCAGAUCAUUGGAAUAAAAGCCAUAAGACUAAAUUGAAACGUAUAAUCUGUCAACCUUGCCGUACAGAAUUCUUUUGUAUUGAAGAUAAUUUGUUGUUCAAUAAACAUAUUUUAUCAAGUGAACACAUUAUUUUAAAAUCUGUGACCUCUAGAAAUCCACUUCCAGAACUUAAUAUACAAUCAUUGACAAAUCAAAAACGGUGUGCUUCAAAAAGUAUUUUGGAUAAAAAAGUUCCAUUCAAUAUUAAACCGUAUUUGCAAUUUUUUCAAAAUAUAAAGAAUGAAAAUAAAACUAUGUGUAUUUCAUGUGAUAGUCUAAUUGAUUUAAAUCACAAUGAUCUUCUUAGUCACUUGUUAGUUUGUAAUCAUGGAUUGGCAAAAUGUAUCCCUCGAUCAAAUUUAAAUUAUUUUCAAUGUCUAGAAUGUGCAUUUUGUUCAAACAAUAAGGAUACAUGGAAAAAACAUGCAAUUACACAUGCAAAAUUAGACACUAAUAUUUGUUAUUCUUAUAUUUGUAAAAGUUGUAACUCUUUAGUGUAUGGUGAAAUGAAUGAUAUUGAAUUACAUUUAAUUACUGAACAUAAGACAACUAUUAUAAAUAUGCCAUUAGAAUCAGUGUUAAUGGCAAAACAGUUGAUGAGGAGAAAUAAUAAUGCUAGCAAAUCGUCUGAUAUAAUGUGCUUUUGUGAUCCAUGUAAUAAAAUAUUCAAGUCAAGUGAAAAUCUUAAUCAUUUUAAUACAGACAGUCAUGCAUCAGCAGCUUCAGAUAUUGUAGAAUUAUUUUACUGCAAGGAUUGUAAAGUGGAAUUCUACUCUUCAAUUACAGUUUAUGAAUGUCACAAGUUAACUGCAGAACAUAUAAUUAUGAGCUCAGACUAUAUAGAAACUGAAAUUAAGGAUCUUAAACCUACGAAACUUGAUACCCAUUUACUUACCUAUGUUACUGAUCAAAAUUUGUAUGAUUCAACCCCAAACAUUGCUUUUUUCUGUUUUGUCUGUGAUUAUCUGUGUUUAAAGUUAGAAGUAUGGAAACUUCAUAUUAAUAGCAAAAAACAUAUCAAUUCUUCCAAAUUUCUUUGUAUGGACCACCGUUGUAAAAUUUGUAAAACACUUAUGUUUGGAUAUCGGCAUCACAUGUUUGAACAUUAUAGCAAUCGUUUUCAUUCAAUGUUGAGACAAUUCAAAUCAAUAAAAUCUACUGAGGUUUUAAAACAAAAAUGUGAAACAAAACACUCAUCCAAUAUGCGAGCAACUUUUGAAAAUAAUCAAAGUGCAGUAUUCAAAGAGAAUAUAUCAGGAGAAUCUAGUGCUAAUAAUAAUGCAGAUAAUUUAUUAACAAAAAUGAUGAAUAAAUUAUCACAUCAAUCAAAUAUUCAAAAAGAAAAUACCUUAUUAGAAGUAUCUACUACUUAUAACGCCAACGAUACACAUUCGAGGACAAUAGAUGAAUUUCCUCCCGAAUCAAAUUCUCAUUGUGAUGGUAGUAUAGUAGACAAAUCUAUUACACAAAUUAACGAAAUCCAAUUAAUGAGAACAACUUCUGAUGAAUUCCCACUUUCAUCAAAUAUUUCUCAAGAUAGAAUAAUAGAAGAAUCUACUACCAAUUUUAGUGAAAAACUCUUUGAGAAAAAAAUAGAGGAUAAAUCUCUUCUCGAAUCAAAUACUCAAAAUUAUAGUGAAUUUUAUGGAUUAAAAAUGAGUGCGUUACAUGAAAUGCUUAAUCAAAACCAAGAGAUAAAACCAAACAUUUCUUAUUAUUGUGUAUCUUGUGAUUUUAUUACUGCAGAAGAAAAAAAUUGGGAUGAACAUAAUUUAACACACCAUGUAAAUGAAGUUGAAGUGCGCCAUAAGGUAUUUUGUGAUACUUGUAAUUUAUACUUAGUUGGGCUGUCUAAUUUAGAUAACCAUGUUAACACUAUUGAACACAAAAAUAUGUUAGAAUUACAAAAAUUAAUCAGUUCUAAAAAUUUGAAAAAAAAAAAUAUUAAAAUCAAAAGGAGAAUUGAAAUAAAUAGUAACUUGACUGCUGGUAAUCCUUCAGAUGUUACUCAGACUUCAAAAACAGAUAAGCCACAAACAAAUGUUGGUAAAACUGAUGAAAAAGAAGCAAGUAAUCGUAAAAUAAUGAUUGAAAUUAAAGGUGUAAAACCACAGUAUAAAAAAAAUGGCUGGGUUGAAAUCAAGAAAAUAUUUUCUUUUUAUGGUCUUUUUGGAUUUAUUACUAAACACAGCUCUGUUAUAAUCAUAUUUCGUAAACUAGCUUCCAUGAACAGAAUGUUAAAUGAUAGAGAAAUGUUGGAAAGAAAAUAUGAAUUUACUAUUAAUAUUUUAGUUGAAGAAGACAAAUUACCUGAGCUACAUAAAACAACAGUGUUCGAGUUUGGAAAUAAAGAAGUACUGCUAAAAUCUAUUGACAAACAGAUCAUGGAAAUUAAACAAGAAAUUUCUAAUCCAGAUAUAAUUGAUAGAUUAUUUUUAUUAGUAAACUCAAUACAUAGUUGUGCUGGCCAACAUUUCAAAGAAAGUAAAACAUAUGCUUUUGGAUCACGUAUGUCUGGUCUUGCACUUAAGGAUAGUGACGUGGAUUUAUACUUUGAUAUUGCUGGCACUUUUGGCGGAGAAUUAAGUAACGAUCUGUAUGCCCAAGAGGAUCUAGUACGUUAUUUUGGAAAAGUAUUUCGGUCUCAAAAUGAUGAAUAUAAACAUAUACAACAAAUAACUGGAGCACGUGUGCCUAUAGUCAAAUUUUUACAUGUCCCUUCUGGCCUAUAUUGUGAUUUGUCUUUCAAAAGUGGCCUUAGUACACAUAACACAAAAUUAGUCAGAUUGUACUUAGCAUUGGAUGAACGUGUUCACUGGAUUGUUUGUGCAGUUGUUAAACGUUGGGCAUUACAAAAUGAUAUGAAAAAUCAAAGUAUGUUUACCAGUUAUGCUUUAGCAUGGUUGGUUCUCUUUUACCUGAUGACUAUUGAAGUUGUGCCUCCAUUAACAUUACUCAGAAAACAUGCAGAUUAUUCAAAAGAUACAUCUAGAUCAGAUGUUAUGUUUAUAGAAGAUUGGGACUGUACUUUCUGCACCUUAGAAAAAGCCAAACAAAUAUGGAAAGUACCAGAGAUUCCUUGUUGGGACUUAUUAUUUGGGUUUUUUAAAUUUUAUUCUAACUCUACAUUACUUCAACAAUUCGUUCUUUGUCCAGCUAUUGGAAGUGCUAUACCUAAAAAUAGUUUUUAUGAUGUUCCAAAGGCAACACCGGAGUUAUUAGGUUUUAACAAAAAAAGGAAUGGUAAACCUAUUGACUGGUGUAUAAGAUUAAGAGAUAACUUUCAUGGCGAAGGUCUUGCAGUACAAGAUCCUUUUGAUCUUUUUCACAAUAUAACAAAAGUUAUUAUACCUAGAAAGUUACAAACCUUCUCUUAUUUAUGCAAUAAAACUAUGGAAGUUAUGAAAAAUGGAGUUCAACCUUAUUAUGCAUAAAUAUUGCAACACAAUUUUUUUUUAUCCGAUUCAAAACAAAUAUUUUUAAAAUGAGAUUUAAUUUGAUAAUUAAAACAAUAACAUUUUAGUUUAUUAAAUAAAUAUAUAUUUAAUAAAAAUGACUUAAAUCGUCAAUUACUAGUUCUUUUUUCUUUGUACUGAGGGUUAUUUGUGUACAUAUCUAAUUUCAGUAACUUUAACUUCGGCUAUUAUACAAAGUGAUUUAUUAUUUUAUCAUACCUCUCAUUGUUUAUAAACAAUUUUAAUUUUCUGUUUCACAAGAACUUGUUAUAAAUAAAAUAAAAAAAUGUAUUUUAUCGGCAGACAGAAGUUAUUUAUUUUUAUUGUGUUAAUUAUCAUGACUUCAGUCAUAAAUAUUCUUAAGUUAUAUUUUUAGUAUCAUUAAUUUAUACACAUUUACAACAAAAAAAUGAUUAAUUUACUUCUAUUAUACAAUUAUUUUGUUCCAC